CCAACAAACGGAAGUCUUUGCUACAUUGAAUGCAAACACCGAACCAUAUAUGCAAACACUAAAUAACUUAUUACAAAGUAAAAAAUGCACAACAUGGAAUAUACCAUUAGAUGAAUUACCAAGAGAUAUAGAAGAGAUAUCUGAUUGUCAAUCUCAAAUAUACAGAGAAACAAGAAAAAUAAAGUCACUCAUAAAAGAA